AUGAAGGUGUCCACAUCUACAUCGCUUUUUGUCACAUUGUUGGCAAUUGCUAAUGCAAUGGAGGCGAGAGAAGUAAAGGAAAAAAGAAACUUUUUAAUGGAUAUAUACAAUGGUUUGACAGGUCAAACAACAAGUGCUGCUGCCGCAGCUGCCGCAGCCGCCACCACUCCUGCAGCAGCAUCAUCAACAGUAGCAGCAGCAACAGUAGCUGGUUCAUCGCCUUUAUCACCAGCAUCAUCUGGGACUGCUGCAUCUGCAUCUGCAGCUGCUUCAUCAGGUUCAGCUUUGGUUCAAGGAGCUGGCUCUUCCACACCAUUACAAGCCGGAGCAUCUUCCUCAAUAGUUAAUGAUGAAGUUAACACACCAAUAUCCUCAGCAACAGCUUUGCAGCCUUUAUCAUCAUCAGCUCCAACUACUUCUUCUGUUGCCUCCAGUUCCUCUACUGCAUCUAGUACAUCAAGAGGUCUUUUUGCAGCAGCAGCAGCAAGAGUUGCCACGUCUUCUUCUUCUUCAUCAGCAGCUUCUAGCUCUGUUGACGAGGAUGACGAAGAAUGUGAAGAAGAAUCAACUUCACCUGCAGAUGAAACAACAAGUAGCCCCCCUGCUGGCACAACUACACCUUCAACUGUUGCUCCAACUACAGCAACAACUGGAACAGGUGCAGGAACAUCUUCAGCAGGAGGUAGUGGAGGACUUGAGUCAUGGUUGUCUGAUCUUUUCCCUGGUGGAUCAUCAACUACUACACCAACUACUGGAUCUUCAAAUAGUGGAAGUGCAACAAGUUCCGGUGCUCAAUCUUCACAAGCUUCUGGUUCAUCUACCACACCUUUGGGAUCUGGCACUGGCUCGAACUCUAGUCAAACGUCAUCAGCAACUAGUGCAACAAAUUCUUCAAGUCUGGCUGAUGACGAUGAUGAUGAUGAUUGUGAGGAAGAAUCAACCACUCCUGCAACCAUAACACCUACUACAGGUGCAACACAAACAACGACCACGGGAAGUGGCAGCAGCAGCAGCAGCGGUGGUGGAGGUGGUGGACUCAACUCCUGGUUGUCUGAUCUUUUGGGUGAUUCAUCAAGCUCACAGCCAACUGGAGCAACAUCUUCAUCAGUUGCAGCUGCAGGAGAAUCAACACUUUCUACAACUGCAACUCCAACAGGUUCAGCUACAGGUUCAGCUACAGGUUCAGCUACAGGUUCAGCUGCUACUCAAUCAGAAAUUAGCUCUAGUGUUGAAGAUUGGUUGAGCUCAUUACUUGGCGGCGAGUCUACUCAAUCAUCCGAUUAUGAUGACGAUGAAGACUGUACUGAUGAACCUACAGCUCCAACUACAAACUCCGUUCCUGUAACAAGCACUACUGAUAAUGGUGGAAACUGGUUGAGUUCAUUGCUCGGUGAUGACUCUACAGUUGUCUCAAGUACAGCAACUGGAGUUCAAUCUACUCCAACUGGCUCUGUUAAAACUGAGAGCUCAUCUAGUGGAGAGAAUUGGUUAAGUUCAUUACUUGGAAAUGACGCUACUACUACUACUGCCUCUUCUUCUUCUUCUUCUAAUACAGCAUACACCAAUGUUACUGGAACAGGUGGUGGCAGUUCAAUCGCAGGUACAUCUAUUCAUACUAGUGGAACCUCUCAAACUACAAGUGACAAUGAUGAUGACGAAGAAGAUUGUACCGAUGAAACUGUUAUUCCAACAGGAACAACGGGAGCAACAACAGGUACAGGUGCUGGCACUGCCACAAAUGGUGGAAAUGGUAACUCACAAGGUACUACAAAACAAACCAGUGUUACAACUGCUAGUCUGGACUUCUGGAGCUCUAUUCUUCCAACAACUACCGCAACUGGUACCGGUAGCAAUGGCGGUGACAAUGAUGACGAUGAUGACGACGAUACUGAUUGCGAGUGGCCCACUCAAGGUGGAGUGACAACUGUUCCCCAAACAACAACCAUUUUAACUACUGUUAACGGUAAGCCUACAACAAUCACUAAAACAACUGCUGUUGAAUCCUCGAUUGGUCAUGCAACAACUGUUGCUGUGACAACGACUGUUAAUGGAGAAAAAACCACACAAGUUGUUGCCACUAAUGCUCCUGCUCCAGUACAAACUCAUACCCAAAGUGAGACAGUUUACAUCACAUACACUGGUGCUGGUCAAACUUUUACCACAUGGGUUACGCAAAACGAAGAGCAAUGCGAUGAAACAAUUGUUUACACUGUUACCACAUACUGCCCAACAACAACUGUUGCUCAAGGAGGUGGCGUCUACACUACAACUGUCACAGUUAUUGCUACACAUACAGUUUAUCCUGAAGAUUAUGAGGAUGAUGGAUACGAGAAUGAAGGAACAGGAAGUGGUACUUCUGGCUCUUCUGGUUCUUCUGGGUCUUCCGGCUCUUCUGGUUCCUCGGGAUCUAGCAAUGAUGGCGAUGAUGAUGAUGAAUGGGAAUGGAUUGAAGAGGAUGAUGAUGAUUGUACUACAACUGCUGUGGCUUACCCAACUCAAGGCUCAUCUGGAUCCUCUGGCUCCUCUGGCUCCUCUGGAUCUUCCGGCUCAUCUGGAUCUUCCGGCUCCUCUGGCUCAUCUGGAUCUUCAGGCUCUAGUGGAUCAUCAGGCUCCUCAGGCUCAUCUGGAACUGUUGGAACUGGUUCUGGCUCUAGUUCAGGAUCUAGUUCAGGAUCAGAUUCAAUAUGGGGAUCAGGAAGCUCUGAUUACGUUUGUCCUGGUGAAGAUGGGUACGAUAGUGAAGAUGAUGAAUCCUACUCUGGUACAACCAGUGGUUCUGGCACAUCAUAUCCUACUGAGGAUUGUGUGGAUGAAGAAGAUGAUUGGGAUGACGAUGAUGAAGAGGACUGUGAAACUUAUACUUCUGCCGCUCCAUAUCCAUUAAACUCAACAUCAACCGCUGCUCCUACUGCAACUAAUAGCUCUACUCAAAUCCUUGUUGCUGCAACCAGCGAGUCUGCUUCUUCUGCACUUACAAUUACUUCAAUUGCCAAAGGUGCUGAACAAACUAAUGUUGUUGCAGAGACAGUGGCUGCUGAGAGCAGAGCGAUUACCACAAUUACGACAUCCUUUGCUGAGAGUGCUUCUGCAAAUGCAGUUGCAUCUGCCGAAGUCGUUCAAGCUGCAAAUGCUGGUGAAAAGUUGAGACCACUUGGUUUGAGUUCUUUGAUGGUAGCAUUGUUGGCUGUACUUGGGACUCUUUUAAUUUGA